ACGGUACUUCCUGUGUCUUGUCAACAAGUCCGGAUUCCUAUAAGGCACGCGCGUUAUCAAUAUUUCGUGUCGCGUUGGUUUAAAAGCUUUGAGGCAGACAAAAGUCAUAAUAUAUUAGUGCCAAAUAUUCCGCUGAAGUCUUUGGUCCUUUGCAAGAUUGCUAAUAAUCAUCAGUAAUGACUGUCUCGCAUGAGUACAGACGUCUACUGUUGUUAUAACAGAGAUCAUCAUCUUCUUCUUCUUCUUCUUCUUCUUCUUCUUCUUCUUCUCAGCUCAGUGAUCUGCGGUUAUUGACUUCACACGAUGACUUCUGAAAAGCCUGACAUUAAUCAAAAAGUGCUGCAGUAUGAAUCUUUCAUCAAUGAUGUUCUGAAGCGGGAUUUGCAAAAGGUUUUAGAGCAAAGAGAUGGCGUGUAUGAAAAAAUAGCACAAUACCUCCAGCUGAAGAAUACAAUUAAAAGUAUACAGGAAACCGGCAGCAAAGAGCUGAAGACGGAUGUUGAUCUCGGGUGUAAUUUCUACAUCCAGGCUCACGUACCCGACACUUCCAAGAUCUUUGUUGCCGUUGGCUACGGGUUUUUCCUGGAGUUGACUCUUUCGGAAGCGCUGGCUUUCAUAGAGAAGAAAACCAGCCAUCUUACAGAGUACAGCGAGCUUCUUACCAAAGAUGCGGCGAAGAUCAAAGCACACAUUCGCCUGGUUUUGGAGGGUUUAAGGGAACUACAGGGCCUGAAAGAUGUCGACGAGACGCCGAGACGGGAGGUGUUUUAAAUCCCUCUCAGCGUUGACGUGAGGGUCUUUUUAAGACAUGACACGUGGCGUUUUUGUACUGUAAAGCGAUAUGUAUGUCGGCGACACCUCUUUCUUCUUAACAGGUUUUACUGUUACGUUACACAGUGGAUUGAAUCAAAGUGCAUGAAUAAAGCGUUUUGAAAAGCCGUGA